GCGGGCGGGGCGGAGGCGCAGGAUGAGCGGGCGCCCCCCCGCGGCCGCCGGCGCAGCGCCCCCGCGCCAUGGAGGGAUUCCCCGCCCGCGGGUACGGCACCGGCGGCGCCGACAACCGGCCGCUCUUCGGGGAGACCUCGGCCAGGGACAGAAUCAUCAAUCUCGUUGUUGGUGGCUUAACAACCUUGCUGCUUGUAGUCACUCUAAUCAGUGCUUUUGUCUUCCCACAACUACCUCCAAAACCUGUGAAUGUAUUUUUUGCUUUCUGCAUCUCCUUGUGUUGCAUUUCUGCUGGCAUUCUUAUCUACUGGUAUCGACAAGGAGACCUGGAACCCAAAUUUAGAAAUCUAAUUUACUACAUAUUGUUUUCUAUUGUCAUGUUAUGUAUAUGUGCCAACCUGUACUUCCAUGAAGUGGGUAAAUGAAGGACAUUGGGAAUACCCAGCAACGAUGCUGCUGUGUCAGACUGCUUCCAGCUCAGCUCUCAGCUCCACUCGAGACAUUCAAGUGAGAACCAUCAGCCUGAGAGGAAAGAAGUGGGUUGUGCAAGGACAAAUCAGUACAUGAUUUUCAUGUAAAUGUAUAUGUAAUGUCCCUCUUGUUGGGGAGAAUUAUUGCCAUAAGACGUGACAUUCUGCUUUUUUUUGAAGAGCUACUGUUGCGCUUAACGAACAUUCCAGUUGUACUGAUGUUUCAGAAUGGCACAAGCUUUUUCAUUUUGGAAAAAAAACUGCACUUUUUUUUUAUUACUGUACAAAUAAACUGCAGCACUG